CCCUUGCUCCCUCUGUCCUUCUUACUCUGUGGCUCGGACUCAUUGUCACACCACUCAGCUCUCUCAAACCUCCUCAUGGACUCACUCAUGGUCAGUUCUGGGCAUAAAAUGUGUCCUGGUGAGGCUGGGGCUUCUGCACUUGUAUUUUCCUCUCAAGGCACCAAAUGAAGUCUCUCGGAAUGGAUGCAUAACUCAAAACUAAAGUGUCAUCUUUUUAAGCACAAUGGAUAACGCCCACAGUUCAGAGGUCAAGUUCAGACUGGACGAGGACCCUGAUCAUCCCACGACCCAGAGAGGACAGUGGUCAAGCAAAAUUGAGUUUCUUUUAGCUGUGGCGGGGCAAAUUAUAGGGCUGGGAAAUGUGUGGAGGUUUCCUUACCUGUGCUACAAAAAUGGAGGAGGUGUGUUCUUCAUCCCGUACGUACUUUUCCUCUUCUCCUGCGGCAUUCCCUUGUUUUUGCUGGAGACGUCCCUCGGCCAGUACACCAAGCAGGGAUGCAUCACCUGUUGGAGGAAAAUUUGUCCACUAUUUGAAGGGAUGGGCUAUGGCAGUCAGGUGGUUGUUUUAUACUCUAGUAUCUACUACAUAGUGAUACUAGCCUGGGCAUUCCUGUAUCUCUUCUCUUCCUUCAGCUCUGAACUUCCUUGGGCGACCUGCAGGAACAGCUGGAACACAGAAAAUUGUGUGGAGUUUGAUCCAAGAUCAGAUUAUUUCAACCUGACGAUACCUGAGAACGCAACCUCACCAGUGAGAGAGUUUUGGGAGAGGCGAGUUUUAAAUAUCACAGGCAGCAUCAAUGAGUUGGGCAGUAUUAGAUGGGAGUUGGCUCUCUGUCUGCUGUUGUCUUGGAUCAUCUGUUACUUCUGUGUGUGGAAAGGAGUGAAGUCUACCGGGAAGGUCGUCUACUUCACCGCUACGUUUCCUUACGUGAUGCUCGCUGUGCUGCUCGUUCGUGGCGUCACGCUGCCAGGAGCCAUGGACGGGAUCAAGUUCUACCUUUACCCAGAUGCGUCCCGCCUCGCCGACCCGCAGGUAUGGAUGGAUGCCGGGACACAAAUAUUUUAUUCCUAUGCAAUUUGCAUUGGCUGUCUAGUUGCAUUGGGCAGCUAUAACAAGUACAACAAUAACUGCUACAAGGAUUGUGUAUAUUUGUGCCUUCUGAAUAGUGGGACCAGUUUCGUUGCUGGUUUUGCCAUCUUCUCUGCUCUUGGAUUCAUGGCCUAUGAGCAGAACACUGACAUAUCGAAAGUGGCAGAAUCAGGGCCUGGUUUGGCAUUUAUUGCCUACCCUCGGGCAGUCGCCAUGAUGCCUUUUCCUCAACUUUGGUCCAUAUUCUUUUUCGUUAUGAUCAUUCUUCUGGGACUGGACAGUGAGUUUGUAGGUCUGGAAGCUCUCACAACGUCAAUAUCGGACCUGUAUCCUGCCUUCUUCCUCGUCGGCCAUCGACGUAAACUUCUGCUCCUGUUCGUCUGCGUCUUCAGCUUUUUCAUUGGUCUUGUCAUGGUGACAGAAGGAGGACUGUACAUCUUCCAGGUGUUUGACUACUACGCCUGCAGUGGAAUGACUUUGCUGCUGUUUGCCAUUCUGCAGUCUGUGUGUGUUGGAUGGGUGUACGGUGCUGAGCACUUUUACGACAACAUUGAGGACAUGAUCGGAUACCGGCCCUUUCCCUUCAUUAAGUACUGUCUGAAAUACGUCACUCCAGUGAUUUGCCUGGGGACUUUUGUUUUUUCCUUGGUUAAAUACACCCCUCUGAAGUUCGACAACACGAUAGAGUAUCCGUGGUGGGGUUACGCUCUGGGCUGGUGGUUCACUCUCUCCUCAACCCUCAUGGUUCCCCUCUGGAUGCUGUACAAUCUGCUCAUCACUCCUGGUACCCUGCGGGAGAGAUUCUCUAUCUUGUGCACUCCAGCUGAAGACCUUCCUCUGACCAAAUCAGAAAAAAAAGCUCUCGAACUUCUCACCUUGCCCCCGUCGGAGAGCAGCAUGGACUGACGAGGUGAAUCUGUCCCAACAGGAGUGACAAACCCGAUUCCUACGUACCAUCAUUAAGGCGUAGAGUCAGACCCCAAAACAGCAAAAUGUUGACUGCUAAUAGGCAACCUCGUUUUUAUUCGAACAAGGCUGUUCAUAGAAACUGAAAUGCACAAAAACCUUAUCAAUUUCCAAACAAUGUCUUUCUAUCUUUCUUUUAAUGUUAGGCUCUCAUAAGAUAUCACUAUAACAACCAAUGUACUUCAAAUGUGUUACUUUGUACCUUGAUGAGCAUCUCGGAGUUUAAAAGGCUGUUUAAAAAAUGUUUUUUUUUUUCUAUUUGUUGUUAAAAAAAAUAAUCAGAAAAUGUUUUCUUCUUUGAAAAAAAAAAUCCUGAACAAAUUGGCAUUUUUAUAAAUCCUGUUACAUUAAAUCAAACCCUCUUAUUAUGACUCUGUCGGCACAGACAAGCUGUUGCAUGAGCUUGUUAUUGCAAUCAGAAAAUACAGUAAUACUGAAUAACUACAACAUUUUUCUACAGGCAUAAAAUCAGUACAUCUAGGUGGUGCUUUGGUUGCUAAUUUUGAAUAGUUUUUAAUGUAACUGUACUUGAACUUGUAUAUUUCUCGAGAUUAUUUAUUUUUUCCAGAAAACAACAACACAAUGCAGGUUAUACAUAUUCCUGGCAGAUUUACCCCAAAAGUACAUAUUCGAAGGGGCGGCAUUAUGUAUUUUCCAGGCACAUAGUGCCGUUUUAUAGCACAAUCAAGUAAUUAUGUUACCUUUACUUGUUAAAAAUUUGUACAUAUAUAAAACACAACUUAAAAGAAAUUUGACUUUUCCAUUUAUUACCUUGAAAUUGGGUCUCUGUCUCUUUAAGAAGCUCCUUCUCUUUCCGACACUCUGCUGUCAGUACCUCAGCAGAACAGUGCUCCUCUAUUAUCCUUUCAACAAUGUUUUUAUCUGCGUUGAACAGAGCAACCUUAUCAAUUUCCAGAGAUUUCUGGUUGAUCUGGCUGGGGGAGUCGUGUGGGAGGGGUUCUCUGUAAGGAAGAAGCUCGACUUGAAGACUGCAGCUCCAAGGAGGAACGUCGUGGAAAAGGCAGCGCUUUUGGUGAGAGUAAGAGUUUAGGGACUCCAAAUGGCUGCCACAGUAGAUUGAAGGAUUUCUCAACAAGUAUUAAAGAGUCAAAGCAACAAUCCAGGCAUGUUUUUGAUGAGGGCAUAACAUCAUAGCAUUAUGUAAACUUUGAAAAAGUCAGUUUUGCACAAUACUGCCCCCUUGAUUCUAACAAUAUGGACCAGGCUUGAAGAAAUAUUAAAAUUUUUGAAAGGCAAAAUCUCGUCUUGAAUGAUAGAGAACCUCUGGGGGGAGCCAAAGAGGAGGGUGAUGCCAGGGAAGAGGACUUGGAGUUCAUCACCAGAGAUAAAUUGUCAAAAUAACAUUGGAAGAUGUAAAAAAAAAAAAAAAAGCUGCAUAGCAAUUAUUUUAAGGGAUAUCCGUCUUAUUUCCUAACAGAAACAAUGUCUUUGUCAUAUAAAUCUGCCAGGGGUAUGAAUAAUUUUGGUCUUUAGGUCAAGGUAAAAACUGUUCCUGCUCAAUUGUUGGGCAGUCUACAAACAAAUUAUAAUAAAAUAAGACUUAAAAUAACAAAAAAAAAAAAUCUUCUCAUUAAGAAAGUGUUUGGCUUAUAUUUCCUGUUUCAAUGCAUCCAGUUGUUUAAGCUGUUUCAGUUUGACCACAUGUUCUUUACCAAGAUUUAAAACGAUAUUUCUUUGGGUUUUUUUUUUUUCAUGUCAGUAUAAAAAAGGGAGAAGCGUAAAUGUGAAAUUGUCUUUUGGACGUUUCAGUUUCUCAUGCUCAAACGGCCUGACUGAUGCAGAAAAUCUGCACUUGUCAGGCUCCUUUGGUUACCAGCGUUUACACAAAGAGUUGUGUGUCUAGUCAACCUUUUUCAACCACGCUGUGCCAACACAGAUUAACACGUUUGCUUAUUCAAUGCGAUGUGGAAUGUUGAAUGCUAAUAGGCAAAGAUCUCUGGAGUGCUGCAGACUUACUGAACAUACCAGAGUCGAUGUGCUUUACUUUCACUGAAACCUGAUGUUUUGGAUCAAAACCCUGAGAGAACUCCUGAAGUGUAGAAAACAUCUCUGUUGGAAAAAUACGAUAUUUUUCUUUUUUCUUUGUUUUUUUUCUUUUUUUACAUUCUGCACAAAGACAACACAGCGAAUGUUUAAUUGCUGUAGCCUGGACUUUACUCAAACACUUUAAAAAUAACAAAUUUGUCAUCAUCUGUGCAAAUGAAUUAUUCGAAUCAUUCUUAUGCUUUUACAGUCAUUAACUACAAAGUAGUUGUUAAAUGUGCUGCAACUUAAAGUUGUGUUUACAAUCAGAAAAUGCAGAAAUUGUGUCCAUUUGCAAAACAACUUUUUUCUUUUGUUUCUUCUACUUAUCCCUUUUUGUAGAACGUAUUCCGUGUUGAACAGCAUGUUUAAUGCACAUAUGGACUUGUAAGUGAUGUUCAGUCUUUUUUGCAGCCAAGACAGCAAAGGACUAAACUGUCAACGCCUUGUAAAUUGUCUCCGAGUCAAAUUCUGUGUUUACAAACAUAACUGACUGUGUCUUUUUUUAAAAAUAUUCCUAAGAUGAUCGGAGAUUUCUGAUCAGAGACAAAAGAGAGGGUCUAGUUUUUAAAAAGUAAAUUCAAUGUUGCAAAGUGGCCUUUAAAUUAGUCCUGCAGAAAUACAAUAAGAUGUAAAGUGAGUAACAGAUUUUUAAAGAGGAACGUGGCAUUGAAGUACAUAAACAUAACAUUUUUUAGCGUGUAAAAUCAUGAACUACCUAGUAUUUGUUACCAAUGCUGCUUUUUAGAUGAUGUAAAGAAAAACUAACUUUGAUUUUGUUUCUCUGCCACUCCGACCGGAGAGUGGAUGAGCUGUUAACGUCAGUUUUGAGUUGAAUGUGAUGGCUGGUCAAAUCUGUUGACUUUCACACUAUAGAUCACUGAAGGUAUAUGCAUUUCUUGACAUCCCUAUAAUCUAACGUUUAACUCUAGUUUUUGGAGAUUCUUGUUUGGAGGUUAUUGUUUGUUAUUUUUGUGUGAUUUUUAUCAUGUUUCACUAAAGAUUGUGUCAAUAUUGGUGACUAAUGGUUUCAUGAUACGGGAAAUGCAUCAAGAGCGAGCAUUGUGCAGUUGCUGUUGUGUGUUAUGUGUGUGUGAUUGGUUUCAUUGAAGCUGUUAAGGAUGUCUUCCUGCCGACCUCACUGUUCCUCCUGCAAACUAACUGGUAACAACAAUUCAGAAACUCAGAUUAUGACAUAAAUUGUGGCGGCAUUAAAAAUGGAUAAUGAGUAAUUCAUGAACUGUUCAAACUAAUCUGUCACCAGUUUGUGUUUAGCAAAGUAUGAUAUUUAAACAUGUUAAUAAAGACAUAAAUGACUGCUUAA